CAACACUGCUGACGUCAUGAUGACAUGUCAGCUGCGAGACGAGUAGUCGGACAUCAUGAGAGAAGAUGACACCCGCCGGGUCACUUCUCCUCCUGCUCCUGCUCUCUAUUGUUCACCUGAGCCGGGCCAAGGUCAGGACCUCUCUCCUGGAUCUGACCCAAAGCAUGGGGGGCCUCCUGCCCAACCUCAGCCGGCCCGCCAACCACAGCCGCAUCUUCUAUUCAGUGAUGUUUGAUGCGGGGAGCACAGGGACACGCAUCCACGUCUACACCUUCAUCCAUGGCGGGUCAGAGGAGCUGCCUGUUUUGGACAAUGAGAUGUUCCACUCCAUAAAGCCUGGUUUGUCCGCGUAUGCUGACUCCCCAGAUAUGGCUGGACACACCGUCAGGAUGUUGUUGAAGGUGGCUAAGAAGACGGUGCCUCGUCUGGAGUGGAAGAGAACCCCCCUGUUCCUCAGAGCCACGGCUGGACUUCGGCUGCUGUCCGCAGAGAGAGCCCGGCUGCUUUUGGAGCAGGUUCAACACGUGUUUGAUGAAUCUCCGUUUUGGGUCCCAGACGACAGCGUCAGCAUAAUGAACGGCACAAAUGAAGGAAUCCUGGCUUGGAUAUCUGUGAACUAUCUGACAGGUCACCUGAAUGCACACAGCGAGAGGACGGUGGGAAUCUUGGAUCUGGGCGGAGGAUCUACGCAGAUCACUUUCCUGCCAAAGCUCAGGAAAACCAUUGAAAGUGUUCCUGUCGCUGAUUACGUUGCCAAAUAUGACAUCUCCAACUCCACAUUUGAAUUGUACACUUACAGUUACCUUGGAAAUGGACUGAUGGCAGCGAGGCUGGCCACGCUGGGGGCUCUGGGGGCAGAAGGGUUGGAGUGGCGGGUUUUUAAAAGUUCCUGCCUGCCAAAGAAGUUCAGGGAUGAAUGGAGCUUUGGAGGGCUGACAUAUCGAGUGGGCGGGGACCCAGAUGGUCUUGCAGGAUACAAGCUUUGUUAUCAGGAAGUACUUAAGGUGGUGAAGGGGAUUAUUCACCAGCCGCAUGAGCUCCAAGACAGCAAUGUAUUCUAUGCAUUCUCUUAUUACUUUGACCGAGCAGUGGAUGCAGGCCUUAUCGAUGGGGUCCAUGGGGGGACGCUGGAGGUCAGAGACUUCAAGAAGAGGGCUAAAGAGGUGUGCAAUAAGAUGACCAAGCACCCCCCCAUCCGUUCUUUCCUGUGCAUGGACAUGACCUACAUCACUUGUCUGCUCAAGGAUGGAUUCGGCUUCAAGGAGAGCACCGUGCUGCAGUUGACCAAGAAAGUGAACAACGUGGAGGCCAGCUGGGCUUUAGGCGCCACGUUGGAUCACCUCCACGACCUGAAGGUCCUCUGAGGAGAAGGCAGGAGUAGGUGUUGCUCGGUAACACACAGGUUAUCUAGCGGCUGCAUGAGUAUUCAUAAUUUUGUUUAAAAAAGCAUUCAAGUGUUAAUAUAUUGUAAAGGAGCAAUGUGUUGUCUUACUCAGAGAACAAGUGGAGCACUGAAGGUUGACACUUGAGUGAGAGAUGUUGCCAAUAACCGUUAAUGCAUAUCUGGGCAUUACCGGAAACCCAAUUUGUUUGAGAGUGAUGUUUUCCUCGGGAUGAUAAACAGGGGAGGG